UCUUGCCAACCUUUACAAUUGUCGAACACACAGAUGCGGUCUGGCCGACGAAGGUCUAGAACAUCGGACCAGAACCGCAGAUGCUCGGCCGAACUCUCCGACACUCCAAUUCUUUGUCCUAGACUAAGAAGUUGCGCAUAUCCACAUCGGACAACGAAUCCCUCUCUUAAGACAAAGAAACACAAUGCCGAGCGACUAUCUCGACAACGUGGCCAUUGUCGGUGCAGGUCUAGGCGGAUGUGCUUUGGCUCUAGACCUCACGCUCAGAGGCAUAGCAGUCACUGUCUUUGAGGCUCGCCCGGAGGUAUCCGGAGCCAUACCAUCGGGUGUCAUUCUCACACCCAAUGGGAUUCGCGUAUUGGACCAUCUGGGAGUGCUGGAUCGGAUUCGUGAUCGAUGCUACGUGCCGGAGUAUCGCAUAUUCAUUGACGACGAAGAUCGCAUAACCAAAAAGGUACCCAUCGACGACCAAUAUGGAUACCGGAAUCUUCGCAUUUGGCGCGGUGUCCUCCUCGAUGAAAUGCGAAGCAUGCUCAAAGAGCGAUCGGUAGUUAUUCAGCACAACUCACGAUUCAAUGGAGUCGUUUCGGACAGUGACAACGGAGUUACAUUCCUCAUCAACGAGAAUAUCCAUCAUGCCUCGCUUUUGAUAGGAUCAGACGGUAUCUACAGCACAGUCCGCCGCCACGUGGCGCCUGAUACAGCUCCAGAGUACACCGGCCUCAUUGGUAUCCUCGGCCACAUCAAGCGUUCGUCGGUUGAGUGGCCGUAUGAAGAGUAUCCUAAGAACGCCACAAUCCAAAGCAAACCCGGCGCCAUCUUCUGGAUAGCUGAGGAUCCUGCGGGCGAGGAGCUCAUGAUCGGAAAACAAGUCAACUUCCCGGAACAAUCGAGGGAGGAGCUCGAUCGACUCCAAGCAGAUCCCGGACGACUGACCGAGUUCUACCUCCAAGACUAUAACGACUACGGGCCGACUGCAAAGAAAAUCAUCGAUAGUGUCUGCGCCAGUAAAGAACGACUCUACGCCUGGCCGUUCAUGAAAAUGCCCAAGCUGCCUCACUGGUACAGCGAAACCGGUCGGAUCAUCCUCGUUGGCGACUCCGUGCAUGCUCUGCCACCAUCUAGUGGACAAGGAGUGAACCAAGCAUUGGAAGAUGUCUACUCUUUGACCUUGCUUCUCGCCGGAUCGCGCGAUGAGAGAGGCAAAGAGACAGCAGAUUCGCAGCGAGCAGAUCACCUAGCAGCUCUCACGUUUUGGCAGCGGAUGAGACAGGUUCGAAUUGAUGCAGUAUUUGACUGGACAGUCAACGGAUCGAACGUCAGCCGACUACCAGAAGCAGAACGGCAGAAGAUCAUGGCCGAAGGCAAAGUCAAAGAAGCCCAAGGUGACGACAUGGGAUGGCUGUACAGACCCGUAUUGGACGAUGCUAUUCACAACUGGCUGAAGAACAGAUCUUGA